AUGCCGGUUGCCACGCUGUCUCCCUUUUCGGCCCGCGGGCGGGCGCCCGUGGGGCGUUCGACCGCGGCGGGCUCCAGGAGGCGCCCGAGCAGCUCCGUGGAGACACCUGUCUCUGAAGGCUCCGAGCGGGGCGGGUUCGCCUCUCUGCUUUCAUCGCCCGCCUGCUCGCCGGCGGAGGGGAAGGGCGAGCGCGCGGCCCCCUCCUCGGCAUAUCCCUCCCGGCUGCGAAAGGACAUCAACGCGAGGCUGGUCUCGCCGUCCGCUUUGUCUUCCGCCCCGUUUUGCGCCGCCGUCUCUUUCCCCGCAGCCUCUCACGCGUCCAGCAGAGCGUCGGCGAGGCCUGAAUGGGGGGAGAGAGCGUCGUCGCCAGAGUCGUGCCGGUCGUCGGGCUCCCUGAGGCAGGCGAACGCAUCAGAGGGAGAGCGGGGAGCCUGGGGCGGGGUCUCUGCCUCUCGCGCGUUGACGGGGUCGGGAAAGGAAGAUCCGCACGAAGGAAGAAGAGGCGCGUCGCAGGAAACGAGAAGGCGCCGGGCCUCCGAGGCGGCCUCGCCGUCGUCCUCUGCCAUCGUGCCUCUCGGAGCGCGCAGCGAGCGCGGCAGAGGAAGAGAAGGGGUUGGCGGAAAGAUACUUGUCGCUCUGCGUGGCACGGCGAUACACCCCAUCUGGCUUCUCGCUUUCCAUGGUGUUCGCCUCAAACGCAGCGCCCUCAUCUCACUGAACCUCGUCGAGGCCUGCGAGGUCCUCCAGAGGCUCCACGCGCCUGACCGGGACUCGCAGCGACCGGAGCUCGGCGGAGAGGUGGAGAAGCCGUCGCCUUCUCUCCUUCUUCUCUUCUGCCUGCUCGGGGCCAUCGCGGAAGUCCACCUCCGCCAGCAGCACCUCCUUGCCCGAGACUUGAAGGUUUUACGGCUGAAGUUGCAGAGCGCAGAGUCGGGGGAACCGACUGAGCGACGAGCGCCGCCUGCGAGCGGCUCGCCGCCCCGCUCGCCCUCGCCGCGCCCGUCGCGGGCGCCUGCCGCGGCCGCGCCGUGGACGCUGCGCCCGCGGCUGCCGGUGGGCGAGGGCCUGCUGUCUGCGGAGCUCUACUUCGAGGCGUUGGCAGGCCCGGGUGGGCGGAAGAAGGCGUCGGCGUUUCGCAAGCGGAAGCGCAGGAAGCAGGAGAUAGAGGCGUUCCUGGAAGACGUGCGCCGCAAGGAGGGCGCGGCGCUCGCGCUGCUCCCCAGUGGCGCAGAGUUCGCGCCGUUUGCGUUCUUCGACUCGGCGAAGGACGCGUCACCUUCGCACGCCUUUGGCGACACGGGGCAGGCGAGCAGGAGGCGCGCCGGUGCGUUCACACAGCCGCCUGGCGAGGGGCCUCUUUCCUCGUCCUCCGCCUUCGCCCUGCCUGCCCACGGUGGCCUGAACGCCUUCGCGGCCUCCUUUGACCACAGCGGAGACCUUCUGGCGCUCUCGCGCGAUAGUGCGACUUUCGGCGCCCUCGGGCGGCGGAGCUCGAUAUCUUCUUUCUCGUCGAGUGUGUCUGACCAGGGCAGAAACUGGCCUGACGGGAGGGAGGCCGGCGGCGGGCCUCGCGGCUCCCCCUCGCCCUUCGCGUCCCGCUCGCCGUCGAGCCUCGACGCGCUCUCGCCGCUGUUUCCGCGCUCGCCGGGGCUCGAACGCGACGCCGCCGACCCUGCAGACGCCCGCGAGGCGACGACGAGUUCGUCCUUCGCGUUCGGGUCCUCCGCACUCGAUCGCCGCGACGAGGGCCUCACGGCGCUGGUCACGCCUCCCCACAGGCGGAGUGGCGCUUCGUGGGCGACGGAGGCGGGGUUCGCCGGGCUCGGCGUCGAGUUCCCCGCCGAGGAGUACCCAGUGGGCGUCGCCAUCGACCCGCGGGUCGCGUCGCCGAUUCGCGUUGGCGGCGAGCCCUAUGCCCCCGGUCGCGACAGCGAAGGCGCGAGCAGCGAGAGUGGGCGACUCUCGUCGCGGAUUUCGUCGUCGCUGUCGGGCGCGAGCUCGCUGGGGCGAGGCACGCCGGAUCGCCCCAACAGCAGCCAAGACUGGCGCCGCAUCUCGGCGUGGGCAGAGGCGCACGCCCUGCCCGAGGAGGGUGGCGACGGCGCGAGGGGCGACUUCCGCCUAAGCGCCGUCGGCCGCUUCCCCAGGGACGAGGGCGAACUGGGCAUCUGGAGGGAAGCGGGCGAAGACGACGCACUCGGGAGGGACGUCUCUGCUUUCUUUGACGGUGGCCUCGAUGCCGACCUCUUCUUCGCCCCUGGCGACGGCGAAGUGGGGACAGGCGGAAUCCCCGAGAGCCAGACGGAGACGCCGACUCUGCUCGCGCUGCCGUGGGAGGACGGCGCGGGGGAGGGGGAGGACGGCAAAGCCGCGCCGCGGAAGCGCCAGAGGCAGGAGAAGCAGAGCUCGCGGCUCACGUGGGAUGCACAGGAGCAGCGGCUCGCGUUCCACGCCUGGAGCGCGCGCAGUCUGACGCCCUACGACCCCAGAAACGCUCUCAGCGGGGGCACGCUGCUGCAAGCGGCUGUCGCAGAGGUCUACCGAAAGCUCGAGCUGGAGGCGGAGCGCGAGAGACGGUUGGCGUUCGCCUCGUGGUGCCCAGCGCUUCUCAGAAGACCGCCCAGCGAGGUGCGCGCCGCCUUCGUCGCGCUCGCGUUCCAAGACGCGCUGCAGAGGAGACGCGAGGAAACCGUUCAGGCGGAAAGAAUCCUCCGGGUCACCGCCUCGGGCGAGACGAGCAAGAGCAAGAAGGACAGCGGAGCGCGCAAAGCCGACGCAGGCUACCUGCUCGACCCGCGCGACGGCGGCCUGCCGUCGGGAGAUCUGCUGCUGCAGCGCCAACUCUGGAACGCACUUUUGGACGCCGAAGCCGCGAAGCCGCGCUUGCCGGCGUCGCUCUCCUGGGACGCGGUUCAGUGGCGAAGCCCCGCGGAGCGCGCGGCCCUCGCGGCUGCAGGCGCGUGGUCGGCGGGCGAGCGCGGGCCUGAGGGCGGCGUGCGGCGCGCCGGCGGAGACGCGGCGGCUCCGACUGGCGCGGGAGGCCAAGGGCGUGCAGGCAGCCCCGCGUUCGAGCCUCGCUGGAGCGCGCGCCUCCAGCCGCGAGGGCCGCGCGGCGCGUCUCGCGCCUCGGAAGGAGACCGAGGCUUCGGGCCCGUCCCAGGCGAAGAGGACCCGGCGCACAUAACGCAGAGGGCGCGGGACGCGGCCGACCGGCGCGAGCUGGCGCUGCAGAGGAGGAGGUGGGGCGAUGGCUCGGGUGGACUGACAGCCGACGGAGAUCCGUAUUUUGGCGACGAAGCCGCCUUCUUGGGAGACGAUUUCUGUUCAAACGACCCGUUUCCUGUUGGUCAAGACACGCUCGACCGACCCACCCAUGCGUGGCGCGACGGACCGGCGCCUGACGGCGACGCGGGCGCGCCUCUGGAGUUGGAGGAGGACGAGGAGACUGCGGAACAACGAAGCGAAAAGCAGAACCAACUGGGUCCUUCAGCCUGGAAUCUGCUGGCGGCCGUGAAGCACCGCGUUUCAGCUGCCUUCUCGUCUGCGGCGAUCCACUCUGGCCGAGGAGAGCGAAUGGACGAAGCGUUCUUUUCGCCAAAAAAGGAAAGCUAUGCAGCCCCCGCGGUGUCGCUCCACAGUCUCAUCUGCGGGCACAGCCGUGCGACCGCCGCGUGCGCCUUCCGCGACGCCUUGCUGCUCCACGCCAAAGGAUUCUUCGAUUUAGAGCAAGAAGCUCCGCGUUUCGAGGCAACGCGCGCGCGCGAUGACAGAGAUAACAGCUGGAUCGACGCAAAGGAAAGGCGAGACGAAGGGAGACGAAUCAAGCGCGAGGAUGCGGCGCGGGAAGAAGGGCAGCCGGCGUUUCCCCCAGUGUACAUACACCUCACGCCUCAGAAGCCCUCCAAGCCGUCGCGUAGCCGCACGCCGCCUUCCCCCGACUUGAGCGCGAGCGCGCCUCUACGGGCGACCCCAGCGAAGAAAUGCGCAACCGGGAUCGGCGCGAGCGACUUGGAGGAGGAGCUGCGGGGGCGCCGACUGCUUCUGAAAAAGGAGCGAGCCACAGGUUUGGAGCGGGGGGGGAGGCCGAUGCCGAGUCGGCCGCACGAGGAGUUCGCGUACAGCGCGAGCGCUCCGCAUGGGGACGGCAAGUUCCGGGGCGAUGCUGAGGGGCUAGACUCCGCAGGCGCGCAUGUGUCACGUGUCGUGAAGCCGCAGCUUCAGCCCUGGAGCCUUGAGGCGGGCGUGGGUGAAAAGGCUGGGAAGGAGGGCGCGGCAGGUCACGCCUCGGCAUCUGUCUCGCGCAGGACUAGCAUGGCGUCUAGCGGCUCCGCGGACACGGCUCGCUACGGCCGCGAGGCUGCGGCAAGUAGACCGGGGCCCGCAGGGAAGCUCGCGAAGUGCGAGAAGGACGAGAAGAUGCUGAAGAAGCAGGAAAGCGCGAGGCGGGCCCUUUUGUCCCAGAUGGGCGUGGACGGCGCCGACGUGGUCGUGGAGAUUGAGGCGGAGGCCGACCUCGAGUCCUGCGUCUCUGCGAGUCUGAAGCGACGAAGCAGACCCGAGACGCCCGCAGCCUCCCGGUUGUCCUCCUCCGUCUGCUCCUUCACACCCCGAAGCCAGAGUGGCGGCGGGCGCCGUCCGCUGCCACCUCUCUCCCCCUCGUCUGUCGCGUCUUUCGCGUCUGCGCGCUCGGCGAACCUCUCUCUCGCAGCUGCGUCGGAGUCUCGCAAGAGAGACGAAGCAAGCGGCGCGGACGCGUCUCUCGAGGUGGAGGCGCGAGCAGGCGCCACGCCAUCUGGCGAGGCGGCGGCAGGGCAGGCCGCGGCUCCUUCGCAGCCGACGGAAGAAGGCGAGACGCGAAGCGAAGGAGAGGAAGGCGACGAGGACUUCCUCGUCACAGAUGAAGAUGUAGAGGCUGCAGUCGAAACGAUGGUUGCUCAGCUGCUCCAUGUGCUCAAUGAACAAGACAGAGUUCACUCGGGCCACCUCAUCGACUGGUACAUCGCGGAGUACGUGGCAGAACGAGGCUACGGCGAAGCAGAAACAGAGCGCGGCUCUUCCUCGAGAGCUUCGGGCGGGGAGACGGGGGCCUCGCGCGCCGCGGUGUGGCGGCGGAAGCUUCACGGGGCCCUCGAGACUCUCUUUGAAGAAAACGUGUUGUGCGGAGAGGAGGUGGCGCAUGACAACACCGACACUGCCUGGCGUGUUUACUGGUUAACCGGCGUCGCCGCGGUCGGCGCGCUGUCUGAAGAGGAGGACUCGUAG